UGCGUGCUCUAGUGUGAGUUUGGAAGUGGUUUGGACCGCGGAGUGGAGCCACUGCUCAGUGCAAGGUGCCACACGUAUCUCUGUCAGUCUGUCAGGCGAACACCACGCGUCCAGGCGAGGUGGAGAAGGGAAAAAAAAGGAGGGGGUGCAAGAAAGGAAGACAGACAAUGCGGUUUUGCGAUGCCUUUAUUCCUUUGUGCAAUCCACUCCCACUUCGAUGAAAAGAUGAUGUGUCCAACAUGAAUUUCUUGUGAUUUGUCCAUUUUUUCCUGUAUUUCUGCGAUCACGCUGACUGAAUUUACCUGCGUUUUCACUGAGCCAAACCUAGAGAUGAAAUUUCCAAUAGAAAACCCGAGAAAACAAGUUAACUGGGAUCCAGAACAAGUGGCAGUCCAGACCAACUUGGUCCCUCCCAAAAAGGUCCAGCCUGGCAUGGUGAAGUCAACCCUGGUCCAGGCAAGUGUUGCCACCAUGCAAAACCCAAUGGGCUGCGACCCGAAAGCCAGUGGUCACUGUCCACUGCCACGUCUGUCCAUCUCAUCUCGCUCUGCCAGUGUUGUGGCUAGCAUGGACACAAACUCUGAUGGCUCGACAACGGGGCUCCACUCAGUGAUGAAGUGGAAGACGGUGCUGGCGGUGUUCAUUGUGGUUGUUCUCUACCUGGUUUGUGGAGGUCUUGCCUUCAGGGCUCUGGAGCAGCCAUUUGAGAGCAACCUGAAAACUAGCAUCACCCUGGAGAAGGCCUCUUUCCUCGAAAGGCACCCAUGUGUUACUCCCAAUGAGCUGGACGCCAUCAUCAAGCAUGCUAUUGAUUCUGUGAGUGGAGGAGUGAGGCCUACUGGAGACACAUUGUACAAUUCCAGUCACUGGGACCUGGGCAGUGCCUUCUUCUUCGCUGGAACUGUCAUUACAACUAUCGGUUAUGGAAACAUAGCUCCGAGCACGGAAGGCGGGAAAAUCUUUUGCAUCCUUUAUGCCAUAUUUGGCAUCCCUCUCUUUGGCUUCCUCUUGGCGGGGAUCGGAGACCAGCUGGGGACCAUCUUUGUAAAAAGCGUCUUAAAAGUUGAAAAGAUAUUCAGGCAAAAACACAAGCAGAUUAGCCAGACGAAGAUAAGGGUCACAUCUGUUAUCCUGUUCAUCCUGGCUGGCUGCAUUGUCUUUGUCACCAUCCCUGCUGUCAUCUUCAAACACAUUGAAGGCUGGACCACACUGGAUGCCAUCUACUUUGUCGUGAUCACGCUCACUACAGUGGGAAUAGGAGACUACGUGGCAGGUGGAAAUCGCAAGAUCGAUUACAUGAAGUGGUACAAGCCUCUGGUGUGGUUCUGGAUCCUCAUAGGUUUAGCGUACUUUGCAGCCGUCCUCAGCAUGAUCGGAGACUGGCUCCGAGUACUGUCUAAAAAGACCAAAGAGGAGGUUGGGGAGUUUAAAGCACAUGCUGCUGAAUGGAAGGCAAAUGUCCGAGCAGAGUUUCGUGAAACUCGACGGCGUCUGAGUGUUGAGAUCCAUGACAAGCUCCAGCGGGCAGCCACCAUCCGUAGCAUGGAGCGCCGUCAGCUUGGCCUAGAGCAGCGAGCUCACUCCCUUGACAUGCUGUCACCAGAGAAACGGGCUUUGUUCGCCAGUCUGGAUGCUAGCCGCUUCAAGACGUCCUCCCAAGAGAGCAUCGACAGCAAACUGAACAACCUGAGGUUGAAGGGGGCAUGCGAGCCGUACGAUCAUCAGGGAAACGAGCAAACGCAAGAGACCGCAUCAUCUUCAGAGGAAAAUCUCUUCAACCUACGAUUCGGAUCCCUCAGUAAGCUGGCCAGGCGCAACAAGAACCGUGAACUGCGGAGGAACAUACCUGAAGAUGUUCGGCGGGCAAGUUUAAGCAUAAACAAUGGCAGCGCCAUGCUCGGGGAGGAGGGAACGGAGGAAGAAGAAGAUGGUGAGCCAGAUGAGGAAAACAAAGAAAGAAAAGAGGGAAACACCAGUCUGACAAACCUCUCGCAGUACACAAUGGAGCGCUCAAAGUUGAAUGGGUUCACACCGGCACUGGCCAAAGACAGUGAGAAUAAUUAAGUAUUGAAUGCACAAACACUUCAUCCAAAUACAAGGAGUGUUGAGACAGGAAGAGUGAAAGAUACUCAGACUGGGAGAGUGCACAGUCCUUUGAGAUGUCAAGAAAUGUGCCUUUCUGUUUCCUAUGCUUAGAUUGGAACUGCUCCCAAGAAGUCAGUCAUCAUGCCAUAGCUAUGGGAAGAAAAUGUGUUGCCAAAAAUGAAUAAAACUAACGGUGCAGAAGAGGGUGCAGUAGAAAUACCUCAUUGAGAUGUUGCUGUUAAAUAGGCUACUUAAGAACUUUGAUUUCUACAGGAGCAGUAUUGAACAGCUCUGUUGAUUUUUUUUUAGCCCUCAAGGCUCUUCUUCCAUCUGUUCAUGCUGAAUCUUAUUUUUUUAACAAUGUGGGCAGGACCACUUGAGAGUUAGAUUCAUGCCAUUCAUUCAGUACUAUUAUUGAUCUAUGGGUUGUCAUCUCAUACUCUAGGGGUCUAUUUUUAGCCCAGCAGCAUGCUACAAAGUGACUUUAAUAUUUAUCGAACAGAGGAAAGUAGGUUGUGUUUUUGCUGGAUCAACAGGCCGUAUUUACCUAGAUGACAUGUAGAACUAUUGCUACAUUAUGUUUGGCUUUGAAAAUGUAGCCUGAUGCGAAAAACUACAAUAUGUUAACAGCUUGAAAAAACAAUCUGAAGUGCAUGGUACCAAUCAUAACCAUUCAUUGCUGGCAUAAACUAACUGGAAAGCUUGAAUUUGCAGCUAUCAUAAUGAGCAAAAUACACUUCUUUCAUUACUAGUCUUCUCUCAACAGACAAACAAUGUGUCUCUGUAAUGAUUGUUACCAUUUUCUGAAUUGUGAAUCAACACAGACAAACAUACACAAACACAGACUGUCGGUAAUG